AUGUUAUGUAUGCUUUUACACAUAAGAUCACCAGCAGGCUAUAACUUUUUACAAAGUAACCAAUUAUUGCCAUUACCAUGUAUCAGAACGAUAAGGAGAUAUUUAGCUGUGAUUUCAGGUACAUGUGGGUUUGAUAAAUGCUUCUUUGAAUUAUUUAAAAAGCAUUUGUCUCUCAAAAAAGACCAUCAAAAACAUGGACUUUUAAUUUUUGAUGAAAUAUCUUUAAGAGAGAGUGUUUCUGUAAAUUCUAAAACAUUAAGUUAUACUGGUUUAAUUGAUUUUGGAGAAGAAGACGAAGAACUAAAAGAUUUACCUAAAGCAACAAAUAUUAAUUCAAAAGCUACACACGGAUUGGUAUUUAUGUUUCAACCUUUAGCAGACUCAUAUACUCAACCAAUAGCAGUGUUUGCUUCUAAAGGCCCUGUAAAUGGAUUAACACUAUCAAAAUUGAUAGUAAAAGCAGUUUUAUUACUCGAGAGAUCUGGAUCAUGGAUUUGUAUCUGA